AUGGCGGCGCACACGCACAAGCGGCCGCUCGGCGCCGUCGCGCCGGAACAGGAGGCGGCGUGCUUCCCGAGGAAGCGGCCGCUCGGCGCCGCCGCGCCGGAGCAGGAGCAGGAGGCGCCCUGUUCCCCGAGCAAGCGGCUGCGCCGGGCGGGGCUCAUCGUCAUGUGGCUGGAGAAGGGCAAGGCGAGGGUGGUCACCAUCGGGCAGAUGGCACAGAUGCUUCGCCAGUCGCAACUCGACGUGGCAAACUCGGUCAUGGAGAGGCUCCCCAACAUACUCGAGAGAGUUUUGGGGGAGCAUUUUGGUGUUUUCAAGAGUUCUAUUAUGGGAUGCAUAGACGAUAAGGUUCAGUUAAUUGUACAGACAAAGAUGCAGGAACAACAAGCUGCUUCGCUUCCUAGUGGAGUUUCUGAGCCUCCUAGGCAUGUAUCGGAAGGCUUUCCUAAAACUGGAAGCGUCACUGGAGUUGUCAAGCUAUGCUUUGAUGUUGCAGGACCAAAAGAUACACUUUUCACGCGUUGUCCUGUAUGGAAGAAUGGAGCAAAUGCUAAAGUAGCAAUACUUCAAAAUGAGACACAAAUCACGCAGGGUGAUCUUUCUAAAUUGCAAAUUGAGAUUUUACCUGUUCAUGCUGAUUUCUUUACUGGACAAGAGGAUUUCACCAAAGAUGAAUUCAACAAGCAAAUAUAUAUGUAUAAAGGGAAAGAGUUGGUCUUGGCAACUGUUAGUCUAUCAAACGGCGAGUCCUCUCUUGGUUCAUUCUCCUUUCCAGAGAGCUCCCACGGGAAAAAGUUAAGAUUAACAGCUCGAGUGAAAAGGCAGGAUCUUACUGUCAGAGUUCAGGAAGCAAUCACUGAUCCUUUUGUCGUCAAAGACCGUCGAAGUGAAUCAAAUGAGAAGAGUCCUAUUCCAUCCAAGGAAGACGAUAUACAUCAACUGAAGAAAAUUUGCUUAAAGGGAAAACAUCGGAAUAACCUUGUGGAGAAAAAUAUUACGAAAGUGAAGCACUUGUUGCGCCAUUAUCACAAUGAUAAAUUUGGUCUCCAAAAGCUUGCUGGCAUGAAGAAGGGGGAUUGGAAUACCAUGAUUGAACAUGCUACCAUGUGUGUUCCUGGGGAUGAGAUCUAUUCCUAUUUGGUUCCAGAGGAUAAUUGUCAAAUCUUAUUCAAUGAUUUCUAUGAUCUUGUCGGUAAGAUAACUGAUAACUAUGUUCCUUACAGUGUCGACGACGUCGAUCAGUUUCCACAGCUUAAAGUGAAGAACUGGAAAAUGUCUGCAUACAAGAAAUUUGAGGAGCUGGAGAACUCAGGGGGUCUUAUCCCUGAUUAUUUCCUGAGUAACGGCCGCCUUAUCCCGGCAGCGCCUCCGAACAACGGUGCCAGUACUUCCAAAAAUCAAACAACUGCAGAAUUUGGUGAGCAACAACCAUUUCUGCAGGAGAGUGGAUUCCCGCUGGCACAGAUCUUUGCAAACAAUGUUGCUGGCCCUUUGAAUCAAGAAAGACCACCAUUUGCACAGUACAGUUACGAACAGGUUACGCAUCAAGAACCAUAUCAGCAGGAUCCUUUUAUGGGGUGUAAUGGAAUUCCUUCCUAUCUGACCCAAGGAAACAUUGAUGGUAUGGGAUCAUUUCCAGCAUGGUCAAUCAGCCCAUCCCACAAUUCUGCACCAGCUCAAGAGAAUGAUUCAAUAACUGGUGCAAAUCUAACUGCCCAACGUAAUGCAUACUUGACAACUGCCACUCCUGGUGGAGUUAGUCAGGGAACCUCUUCACUUAUCCAUGAUCAAGCUGGCAUCAGUGGAUUAUAUCCAAUUGAAGAAUGGCUAGGAGUAGAAGAAGCACAUGUGGCAGAUCAGAACUAUAUACCAGCUGACAACGCAGACCUGCCGAAUUCUAACAACCAAUCUAAUGGUUAA